AUGAACGACGCGCUUUGUCCCAAAGACAUGAGGAUACGCAACAGGCACACGCUCUUCUGCGCCAUGGUGCGCGGGGAUCCAACCGUCACCCUAUGGCACCGCAGCUACCGAGACACUCUGGGGGAAAUUCUCGACAUGCCGUCGAACUUUUUCAGCCGCAUCGAAUACGUCUGGGACUACUGCUCCUUCCAGCGUGGCAUCUAUCCCGCUGACACCAGCAGGCAGGCCAAACACAGACUAGGCGCCAGGACUAACAAUAUCAUGGCCACGGUCGUCAGACCGACGACCUGCAAUGUCCCGGAACACAAGCUUGUCCGGAGGACAAACCUCCACCUAUUCAAUUUCUUUGGCUUCCGCCUGCAAUGGGUCAAGGCCCUCGCAUGGGGAGGCAACGGCGCGGCUACCUUGUGGCAGGCUCUGUACGAGGAUGGGACAAAGGAGUUCUUUGUAAUAAAGAUCAUGACAGGGGAUUCCGGUCCCGCCGAAACAACGAAAAAAGUGAGGCAGGAGCGCGAUUGGCACGACAGGUAUGCCCGCGCCGAGUGCAUCGUGCAGCAUUACAAUCCUUACCUGGUAGCAGAUCGGCAUACGGUCAUCCAUCCUUCUGGGGCGAAGCUGUUCCCCGGCGAGGUUGUCGAGUUUGACCAACUCGGUGCUCUGCCCCUCGAGUUCAUGACGCGCGGUUCGCUCAAGGCUAUCCUGGGCAAGGCUGCCGAGCUGAAGCUGACCUGGCCCAAUGCCGCUCUGUGGCAGCUUCUCAGAGACUGCAAGUUUCCCUCCACCCCUUUUUGGUGA